AUGUCUGAGUAUAAAAUGAGGAGCAGCCCCUCCAGGGACAUCAGAGCUAACGCUGCAGUCCAAGAAGCUGCUAACUUCACCUGCACAGACAUGGCUCCCUGCUCCACCAACUACUCCUCUAUUCACCACAUUAGGAUCUCUGAGAAAGACAACAUCAAAUUGAGAAAACCUAUUGUGGAGAAAAUGCGCAGAGAUCGCAUCAACAGCUGCAUCGAGCAGCUCAAGAUCAUUCUGGAGAAGGAGUUCCACAAGCAGGAGCCCAACUCCAAGCUGGAGAAAGCCGACAUCCUGGAGAUGACUGUGAGCUUCCUGAGGCAGCAGCUGCAGCGGGGCCUCUGUCAGAGCGACUACAACCAAGGCUACUCUCACUGCUGGAGGGACUCUGUCAGCUUCCUGUCUGCUGCAUCCAACACAGAUGUCUCUGUCACUCCUCUGCAGGGCCUCCAGCUGCAGGAGCAGCAGCUCCACCAGGCCCAGAGAGCCAGCAGCUCCUCCCCAGUCAGCUCCAUCCUCAGGACCACCUCGCUGCAGGACAGCAGCAGCAGCAGCAGCAGAGGCCCAGUAUGGAGGCCUUGGUAGAGACUCUGACACAGACGCUCUGACACCUGAGGGGACUCCCUCACUAUGUAGGAAAUAUAUUUCCAGCCUGCUCGUUCAUGGUGGGUUUCCUUAUUGUCUCAUCACAUUGAUGGACAAGUAGUAGAAGCGAAGGCUCUCACUUAUUUGAAGAUUGUCCUGCUUUGACUUUGUUUGCUUUUUCUUUGUGUUUAAAGCUGGAGGUUGAUUUUUAAUUGUGAUGGUUUUGUUAAAUCUUGUUAAACGACUGUUUACUCCAGUGGAGUUUAUCUUUGGACUGCUUGAUGUAACAGUAUCUGCCGUACUGUGUUACACUGACAGUGGCUGUUGAGAAUAUUUCUCUUCUGUUUUGAAUUAUCUAUGCCAAAUCGUAUGUAUGAGCAUGAUGAUGAUGAUGAUGAUGGUGUGAGUGUGUGUGUGUGUGUGUGUGUGUGUGUGUAUGGAAGUGGAUGUUAACAUUUUUGUUGAAAUUGCUGUUUUGCUUUAACAUUUUGGCUCUUAAACACAUUUCUAACAUUUGUAUGACAAUUAACAAUAAAAAGAUACAAUCAUAAAAAAA